GGCAGCCGCAUGUUAUGCAAACAUUCUCCCCUCUGUAAAUACCACAUGAAUGUUAUUUUCACUUUCAGAAAUCACUAAACCUUGGCCAUGGUCACUUCCUCUUUUCCAACCUCUGUGGCAGUUUUUGCCCUAAUAACCCUGCAGGUUGGUACUCAGGACAGUUUUAUAGCUGCAGUGUAUGAACAUGCUGUCAUUUUGCCAAAUAAAACAGAAACACCGGUUUCUCAGGAGGAUGCCUUGAAUCUCAUGAACAAGAAUAUAGACAUUCUGGAGAGAGCGAUCAAGCAGGCAGCUGAGCAGGGUGCUCAAAUCAUUGUGACUCCAGAAGAUGCACUUUAUGGAUGGAAAUUUACCAGGGAAACUGUUUUCCCUUAUCUAGAGGAUAUCCCAGACCCUCAGGUGAACUGGAUUCCGUGUCAAGACCCCCACAGAUUUGGUCACACACCAGUACAAGCAAGACUCAGCUGCCUGGCCAAGAACAACUCUAUCUAUGUCUUGGCAAAUUUGGGAGACAAAAAGCCAUGUAAUUCCCGUGACUCCACAUGUCCUCCUAAUGGCUACUUUCAAUACAAUACCAAUGUGGUGUAUAAUACAGAAGGAAAACUCGUGGCACGUUACCAUAAGUACCACCUGUACUCUGAGCCUCAGUUUGACGUCCCUGAAAAGCCAGAGUUGGUGACUUUCAACACCACAUUUGGAAAGUUUGGCAUUUUCACGUGCUUUGAUAUAUUCUUCUAUGAUCCUGGUGUUACCCUGGUGAAAGAUUUCCAUGUGGACACCAUACUGUUUCCCACAGCUUGGAUGAACGUUUUGCCCCUUUUGACAGCUAUUGAAUUCCAUUCAGCUUGGGCAAUGGGAAUGGGAGUUAAUCUUCUUGUGGCCAACACACAUCAUGUCAGCCUAAAUAUGACAGGAAGUGGUAUUUAUGCACCAAACGGUCCCAAAGUGUAUCAUUAUGACAUGAAGACAGAGUUGGGAAAAAUUCUCCUUUCGGAGGUGGAUUCACAUCCCCUAUCCUCGCUUGCCUACCCAACAGCUGUGAAUUGGAAUGCCUACGCCACCACCAUCAAACCAUUUCCAGUACAGAAAAACACUUUUGGGGGAUUUAUUUCCAGGGAUGAGUUCAACUUCACAGAACUUUUUGAAAAUGCAGGAAAUCUUACAGUCUGUCAAAAGGAGCUUUGCUGUCAUUUAAGCUACAGAAUGUUACAAAAAGAAGGGAAUGAAGUGUACGUUCUAGGGGCUUUUACAGGAUUACAUGGCCGAAGGAGAAGAGAGUACUGGCAGGUCUGCACAAUGCUGAAGUGCAAAACUGCUAAUUUGACAACUUGUGGACGGCCAGUAGAAACUGCUUCUACAAGAUUUGAAAUGUUCUCCCUCAGUGGCACAUUUGGAACAGAGUAUGUUUUUCCUGAAGUGCUACUUACCGAAAUUCAGCUGUCACCUGGAAAAUUUGAGGUGCUGAAAGAUGGGCGUUUGGUAAACAAGAAUGGAUCAUCUGGGCCUAUACUAACAGUGUCACUUUUUGGGAGGUGGUACACAGAGGACUCACAUUACAGCUCGUGUGGGACAAGCAAUUCAGCAAUAACUUACUUGCUAAUAUUCAUAUUAUUAAUGAUCAUAGCUUUGCAAAAUAUUGUAAUGGUAUAGGGCGUCUCUUUAUCACUCAGCUUCUGCAUCAUAUACUUGGCUAAAUGUGUUUAUCGGCUUUCCAAGUUUACUAAGAAACUUUGAAGGGCUAUUUCAGUAGUAUAGACCAGUGAGUCUUAAAUAUUUUUUCUCAUCAAGAAUUAUUUUUUAAGUAUUAUGAUAGUGUUGUCCAUUUUUUUGGCUACUCUGAAAUGUUGCAGUGUGGAACAAUGGAAAGAGCCUGGGUGUCUGGGUCAGAUAAAUGAAGAUCAAACUCCAGCUCCAGCCUCAUUUGCUUGAGACUUUGUGUGGGUUUGUAUGUGUGGGAGUGAGGAGUUUCAGGGCCAUUGCAAACAUAGCUGUGCCCUUGAAGAGAAUAGCAAUGCUGGGAAUUUAGAGGUUUAUGCUGAAUUCCCUUUGACAUUAAAGACAAUUUGAAUUCA